CAGUAUUCAAAAAUGAAAUGUUGCGCUCAGUCUCUUGCGGAUCUUUGUGAAGAGCAAUUGUGAAACUAACAAAUGGCACCUUUGAAACUGUACUACUAUCCCCCGUGUCCUCCCUACAGGGCAGUUCUUUUUGCCGUGGAAAAUCUAAAAAUUGAGGUUCAGAAGAUUUUGGUGGACCUUUCUAAAGGAGAUCAGUUGAAACCUGAGUUCCUGAAGAUCAAUCCUCAGCACUGCUUACCCACAAUUGAUGAUGAUGGAUUCAUUAUGUGGGAAUCCAGGGCAAUUUUGGCAUACUUGGUCAACUCACGAGCACCUGGAAGUUCCUUCUACCCACUGGACCCCAAGAAACGAGCCUUAGUAGACUCAAGGUUGAGCCUGGAUUCUAGCAUAAUGCAUGCGCUCGGAAAUAUUAUUACCGGAAUCUAUGCAGGAGUGGCUGAAAUUCCGCAAGACAAGAAAGACAAGGUUUAUACCCUUCUGGAACAUUUGAAUAAUUUUAUCGAUGGAAAGAAUUACAUUGCUGGCGAUGAACUAACUAUCGCGGACUUUGCAUUUCUCUCAACUUUUUCAACAUUAAAGGUUCUGGGUGCUAAUGUUGCAAAAUUCAAGAACUUAGUGGACUGGUACAUGAGAUGCGUCCCUGUUCCAGGAUUUCAGGAGAAUGAGGAAGGUGCGGAGCUCCUAAUAGAAUACAUCUCAAACAAAACUGGCCUCAAAUUGGAACCAUGGGAUCAGUAAAUGGCUACAGACGCUUUGAAAUCAAUUAUUUAAAUAAAUUAUAAUAA